CACUGGAAGAAGGCGCCGACUGUCACGUGUUAUAGACGUUCCCCGCGGCUUAGCGUCACUUGUCUGUGACGUUACCCGAGGCCUAUUAGCAACUUGGAACAAGUAACGACCCUGGAUUAACUGGCUGUUGCGGGGCCUGGCGGACCGCUGUUAUGGCGGACGGAGGGUCCGGGAUGUGCUGGUGCCUGAGGCGAUGCGGGAAGAACCAGGAGGUUCUGUUGUUACCUGACGGGGAGGAGGUCACUAUGGGCCGAGGCUUGGGCGUCACCUACCAACUGAAACCCACGCUGUGCCCACUCAUGAUCUCCCGCACACACUGUCUCUUUAAGCAGAAUGCUAGGGACGAGUGGACUGUGACUGAUAACAAGAGUCUGAAUGGGGUGUGGAGGAACAAGGAAAGACUGGAACCUCAUAAGGCUUACACCCUGAGUGAAGGGACCCUCAUCCAGCUGGGGGUGCCCCCACCCAACAUGGAAAGUGCUGAAUUUGAGUACAUCCUGGUCCGGGAACAUCUAGACAAGGUUUCUGGGUCCCUAAUCAGGCCACUGCCCGGCAAGACCAAAGCAACAAGGACCAAACGCAAAUUCCCCUCUGAGGAUGCCGAUGCUUCGGGAAAUGAAGGUCCAUCUAACUUCUCCAUACCCAAGUUCUGCCGGGUCUCCAGAGAUGGUGAGGACUCGGCCAAAUCCUUGCGCACUUCACACAAGCAGCCUAAAGCAUCUGGCGUAGAGCCUGAAUUAAAUGACUCUGUGGAAACUGACACAGUAUCUCCCACCCAGCAGCAGUGCUGCCGCAGCACGUUACAGCUUUCCAGAGUCAGGGAGACAAUGGAGGAGAUCCGCCGGCUGAAUGUGCAAAUACAGGAGAAGCAGAUAGAGAUGCAAGAGAAGCUGAACCAUCCCCAAGAGAGCCAACUGGGUUCUAACAGUUACCUUGUGGUGCAGAAGGAGCUUCAAGCGCUGCGCAACCAACUGAGCAACGAGCAGGAGCAGCACCUGCAGAGCGUGAAGGAGCUGAAGGAAAUCUUCCAGGAGGAACAGCAGAGCAUGGGGAGUCAGAAGCAGGCGGAGGAGGAGCAUCUGAAGGAGCAGUUGGCACAGGCACUGCAGGAGCACACUCAACUUAUGCAAGAACUGAAUCGCAACAAAAAUGACUUUGAGCAGAUUAUUCAGGCAAAGAAUAAGGAACUCCAGGAGACCAAGGAGGAGAAGGAGAAGGUUUGUGCUCAGAAGGAAGAGGUUCUGAACCAUAUGAAUGAUGUGCUGGAUAAUGAACUUCAAUGCAUCAUUUGCUCUGAGCAUUUUAUUGAGGCUGUGACAUUAAACUGCGCCCACAGCUUCUGCUCCUAUUGUAUAAAGUCAUGGAGGAAACGUAAAGAGGAGUGUCCCAUCUGUCGCCAAGAGAUCUUGUCCGAGACUCGUUCCCUUGUGCUGGACAAUUGUAUUGACAGUAUGGUGGACAAGCUAAGCCCAGAGAUGAAGAACCGGCGCGCAGCUCUGAUAUUGGAACGCAAAGGUGAGAGCAGAGAUGGUACAGGCGGAGGAAUCAAACCCUGUUCUCGUGGUCAGUGACAGCAGUUCCUUCCUGUCGGACACGUUCUACAUCUCCAGCAGCAGCUCAGACAGUGAUGAGCUGGGCAGUGAUUUUUGGAUGGUGAAUGAGGAAGAGGAGUAUGAAGAAUCUCUGUUCGGCUGCGGGACUGAUGAACUGGACUCCUCUGAUUUUGAGUCAGAUGAUGAUGACAGCUUUUUAAUAGUAUAAAUCCUCUCCUCCAGCUGCAGAGCAGUAUGAUUUCAUCACUGAGCCAAUCACAUCCGUGGCCUCCACCUGGGCCAAUAUCAAACUGUUACACUUAAAUGCAUCAAGUUUAUUUUCCUUUAUAUAUGUAUUUAUUUCAUUUGCAUCAUGUGAUAUUGUAGCAAUGAGGAGUCUACCCUGCAGUUCAGCUGCACCAGGGACUGUAGGCUUUUCUUUCUGUUUGGGGUGAUUCUGUUAUAUAUUGGGCUUGGGGUCCGAGCAGUUAUUGAAGGCACUUUGGAUGCUGUGUGCCCCCCAUUGUCACCUGUCUUACACUCUUGCUUGGGGAGAGGUAGGUACAGUAAAGCCAUUUGAGUGAGUGGCAAGUGGGGGGUUAAAACAGCAGUUUCAGGGUUGUCCUUGGGGCUGAUGGGGGGGGGGGGGCACAGCUAAGAUUCUAUUUUGUUACUGAAGAGAUAUUUGGAAACAACUUUAUUUAGCCUCCUGUCUUUUCUUAUGGCCUCCUUAAUAUUGAGGUGGGGCCAACUUGAAAGGGCAUGUAGUGUGCCAAAAGUGUAUUGAUAUUAGUAAUUCAAACCAGGCAAUGUUCUUUGAAUGAUGUGUGAUUUUUUUUUUUAGAUGAAACACAGCUCUUUAAUUAACAUUCUGAACAAUGGAGGCAAACAAAUAAUUUCAUGGAAAAUUAAUGUAAAUUACAAAAUGAAGAGGUUGAUAUAACAAUAAUCAAUACAAGGUUCCUUCUUAAAGUAACUUUUUGAAUUAGCCAAGUUGUCCUACUGUUUUUAUGUAAAUCAAUGCUACAGUUUCUCUUUCUCCUUUAUUUAUGAUGCAGAGAACUGCUUUUUGCAAUAUGUAGCAGCUUUCUGUGAUACCUUAAAUGAUUAUCCUUAAAGGAUCAGGAACACCAAUUGUUUUAAUACCAAUCACCCCCCCAAUUGCUAUAAUGAUAGGGAAGGCUUGCUUCCCCUUGACUUUUUUCAAAUCUUCAGCUUGAAUUUGACAUGCGAAAGGCGACAGCAGCCUGAAUUACUCUGUGCGCUAAACCGGAAGUCAGCUUUGUACCGUUAACCUAAAGUACCUAGGUCUGCAGAUUAAAUAUAUGCUCACAUCAUUACCCCCAAAGUUUCUUAGGUUAUUGGUGCACAGAGGAAUUCAGGCUGCCAUCACCUUUCUCCUAUGGGGCACUUUGCAUGUAAAAUUAAAGCUGAAGAUUUUAAAAAAGCCAAGAGCAAGUAAGCCUUACCUAUUAUUAUAGCUAUUUUGUGUGGAAAUAUGUAUUAAAACAUUUGUUGUGACUGGUCCUUUAAGCAACAGUCUUUACCCAAAUCGGCAACUGUUCCAGCUAAAUAUCUGCCUUUAAAUCCUUUGAUGAUGUUAUGUUAAUUGAAUCCCGGAAUCCUUAGUAUUCCAGGCUGUCAGUGUUGUUCUACUUCCACAACCUCUGCUUGUGUUGAUAAUAAGGAUCUGAAUGUGAGCAAAUAAAUUAAUUCCUUUAGUUUA